UGGUGCAUAAGGUCUAAGCUAGCUAGUUUGGUUCUUCAAUAUCCUUCAGUAGCUUCUCCCAAGUUAGGAACGUGAAAAAUGUUUGUUCAAGUUACAACAUCAAUUCCAGCUCCAUCCCAAAACUCCAAACCUGAAAUUAAUCGUCGAUCUGCCGGUUUUCAUCCCAGCAUCUGGGGUGAUCAUUUUCUCUCAUAUGCCUCAAACAAUAUCAUGGAAAGUGAGGGAGAGAAAAGGGAGCAUUUAAAGCUGAAGGAGGAACUGAAGGAGAAGCUGAUGGCUGUGGUUGAUGCACCAUUGAAGAAACUUGAAUUGAUUGACGCAAUACAAAGGUUAGGCGUGUCAUACCAUUUCCACAAGGAGAUUGAUGAAAUCUUGGGACAAAUAAUGCAGGUGAUGAACCAAAGUGAUUUUAAGGCUGGUUCCAGUGAGGAUGAUGAUCUUUAUACCAUUUCCCUAAAUUUUCGUCUACUUCGGCAACAUGGUUAUAGAAUUUCAUGUGAAAUGUUUAAAAAGUUCAAGGACAAGGGAGGGAAAUUCAAGGAAUCCCUAAUUGAUGAUGCUAAAGGCAUGUUAAGCUUGUACGAGGCUACGCAUCUAAGGGCCCAUGGAGAAGAUGUUUUGAAUCAAGCAUUGUCUUUCACUUCCACUCACCUUGGUUCAAUGGCUACAAGCUUAAGCAACCCUUCUCUUGCAGCUCAAGUAACAAAUGCUUUACACCAACCUGUCCACACAGGCAUGCCUAGGCUUGAGGCUAGACGAUUCAUUCCUGUAUAUCAAGCCGAUCCUUCUCAUGACAAAACAUUAUUAAGCUUUGCAAGGUUGGAUUUCAAUAUGUUACAAAGACUGCACCAGAAGGAAAUCAGUGAUAUUUCCAAGUGGUGGAAAGAUUUAGACUUCUCCACAAAGCUGUCUUUUGCCCGAGAUAGAUUGAUAGAAUGUUAUUUUUGGAUAUUGGGGUUGUACCCUGAGCCAGAGUAUUUAUUGGCUCGAAGGUUUUCAACCAAAGUCAUUAUAUUUGCUUCUGCUAUUGAUGACAUUUAUGAUGUCUACGGCACGCUUGAUGAACUUGAACUCCUUACUGAAGCAAUUCAAAGGUGGGAUAUAAAUGCAAUAGAUCAAAUGCCUGAGUACAUGCAAAUUUAUUUUCGGGCGUUUUUAGAUAUUUACCGUGAAAUUGAAGAACAAAUGGCAGCACGAGGGAAAUUAUACCGCGUCCAUUAUGCAAAAGAAGCUAUGAAACGUCUUGUUAGAGCCUACUUCCAAGAAGCCAAGUGGUUCCAUGAAAAGUACACACCAACACUGGAUGAGUACAUGCCGGUGGCAUUAAUUUCAUCUGGGUAUGAAAUGAUGGCUGUCACAUCCAUUGUCGGACUGGGAGAUAUUGCCACAGAAGAUUCUUUUAAUUGGUUGUUGAGUCGGCCCAGGAUUGUCACUGCUUCUGAAGCUAUUGCUAGACUCAUGGACGACAUUGCAUCCCAUAAGUUUGAGCAAAAGAGAGGACAUGUAGCUUCAAGCAUUGAAUGUUACACGAUGCAAUAUGGUGGCACAGAAGAAGAAGCAGUGGAGGAACUCCGCAAACUGAUUGCCCGGGCAUGGAUGGAUAUCAAUGAAGAAUGCCUGCGCCCAACAGCAGUCCCUAUGCCUCUCCUGACUUGCAUUCUAAAUCUUGCACGAGUUAUUGAAGUCUUGUACAAGGCUGAAGACGGCUACACUCAUGUUGGAAAAAGGAUCAAGGAAUCCGUGACUUCUUUGCUCAUUGAUCCUGUGCCUGAGAAAUGCAUUUUGGCAGGUUCUGGAUGAGAGUGGGGAAAAUGAAGAAAACCAAUAAUUAAGUUCAGUUGGCUGUCAAGAUUAUGGUUUUUGUUAUUACGUGCGUCCAACGCGCUUCUCUUUUUGACCAGCCGGCAUAUUGUUAGCUUAAUCUCGGGAUGGUACUGUAGUGCUUUUUGCAUUGCUCCAAGCAAUCAACUGUAUCUUUCUUUUCUAAAAGAAAAAAAACAAUAAACUAUAUCUUUUUUU